UAACAUUAUAGUUUGUUUAAAAAGUGAGCUGUUCUCAAUAUAUUAAAGUAGAAUUCAACGGAGCAUCCUCAGCCACCCACACAUGUCAGCAACUGGAUCCUCUGCCUGAGAGUGAGAACAAUUUAUUCUGUACUGAACCGAAGGUGAUUUCUUCUACAGUUCAUAGAUGUUCCUGAAUCGUUUUCUGUUUCCAUGUUAUGAUCAUCUAUGGAUCUGGUUAACUCAUCAUUUUGCUGUCGAAGGGGACACAAUAAUCAUAAUGGUUGAUUCAGUUGUGAACUUUGCAGUUGAAAGGCUUGGCGACCUGCUAAUUGAAGAGGCCAGGUUGUUACAUGGGGUGAGCGACCAAGUAAAAAAAUUGCAAACUGAGCUGAAGAGGAUGCAGUGUUUUCUAAGAGAUGCUGAGAGGAGGCAGGAUGAAGACGAGACUAUAAAGAAUUGGAUAUCAGAGAUCAGACAAUUAGCAUAUGAUGCUGAGGAUGUGAUUGAAAUUUAUGCAACCAAGGUUGCAGGUGGCCUAAGCUUUGGAGCCAAAAAUCCUUUCUCCAAAGGUAAACAUCUUCACAAAGUCGGAACUGAGAUUGUAUCCAUUAACUCUCGAAUAUCUGACCUCACAAGAAGCUUACAAACCUAUGGUUUGACUGCAACAAGAGACAAUGAAGAGAGAGCUUUGGAGGCAAAAAGAGAAUUGAGAUGGUCUUAUUCUCAUAUAGUUGAAGAAUUUGUAGUUGGCUUAGAUGAGGACAUAGAACGAGUGGUGGGAUGGCUGGUGAAUCAAGAUCAGCAUUCUCGAGUGGUUUACAUUUGUGGUAUGGGUGGACUUGGCAAAACAACACUGGCCAAAAACAUUUACCAUCAGAAUGCUAUUAGACGCCACUUUGACGGUUUUGCUUGGGCCUAUAUAUCUCAGCAGUGCAAGAAAAGAGAUGUUUGGGAGGGAGUUUUACUUAAGCUUACUUCUCCUUCCAAAGAGGAGAGGGAUGAGAUUGUGAAAAUGAAGGAUGAAGAACUGGCUAAGAAGUUGUACAAAGUUCAGCAAGAGAAAAAAUGUUUGAUCAUUCUGGAUGACAUAUGGAGCGAUAAUGCAUGGGACAUUUUGAGGCCUGCCUUUCCAACAGAAAAUACAAAGAGCAAGAUAGUUUUUACAUCCCGCAAUAAAGGCAUCUCAUCACAUGUAGAUCCCAAAGGCUUGGUUCAUGAACUAGGGUGCUUAAAUACAGAAGACAGCUGGGCAUUGUUUAAGAAGAAAGCUUUUCCAAAAAAAGAUGAUCCAGAGUUCACAAUUAGCAAUGACCUUGAAAGAUUAGGUAGAGACAUGGUUGCCAAAUGUGCUGGUCUGCCUUUGGCCAUUGUUGUGCUUGGAGGGCUUUUGGCUACAAAGGACACGAUCAACGAGUGGGAAAAGAUACAUAGAUCUAUAAGUUCAUACCUAAUAAGAGGAGAGGAACGUGAAAGGAAAUCAAGAUUAGAUGAGGUUUUGGAUUUAAGUUACCAUGAUUUGCCAUGCCAACUAAAACCAUGUUUUCUCUAUUUAAGUCAAUUUCCUGAAGAUUCUGAGAUACCAAAAACUAAAUUAAUUCAGCUGUGGGUAGCAGAAGGUGUUGUUUCAUCUCAAUAUGAUAUUGAAAGGGAUGAGACCAUGGAGGAUGUUGCUGAACGCUAUCUGGCUAAUUUAAUCAGCCGCUGCAUGGUUCAACUUGGUCAGAUGGGAUCCAAUGGAAGGAUUAAAACAUGUCGACUCCAUGAUUUAAUGCGUGAUUUGUGUUUGAAAAAGGCCAGAAAAGAACAUUUUCUGUACAUAAUUGGUGGAUCACAGCAAAAUGGUACCACUAAUGUUACAUCUUCAUCUAAUCCUUCAGAUCCAAGACAAACCGAUGGAGUUCGCAGACUUGCUAUCUUCUUGGAUCAACAGGUUGAUCAGUUGAUUCCAUGCAAUGAUAAAGUGAAUCAAAAUCUUAGAUCUCUUGUCUAUUUCCAUGACAAAAAAUGUAGAGUGGAAAGCUGGGAGCUAAUCAAGGGUCUUUUCAAGGACUUCAAAUUACUAAGAAUUCUUGAUCUUGAAGGAAUUAAAGGACCAAAGGGACAGUCAUUGCCUGAAGAAGUGGGAAAUAUGUUAUGGUUGAAGUUUCUUAGCCUGAAAGGUACUCGUAUACAAGUUCUACCAUCUUCCUUGGGCAAUUUGGAGAAUUUGCAAACCUUGAAUUUGCAAACUGUAAAUAAAGUGAGCUGGGAUUCAACUAUAGAAAUUCCAAAUGUAAUAAGUAAGUUGAAAGGGCUGAGACAUUUAUAUCUUCCCAAUUGGUGUGGGAAUGUUACUAAUAACCUGCAACUGGAAAAUUUGACAAAUUUACAAACACUUGUAAAUUUUCCUGCCAGCAAAUGCGAUGUAAAAGAUCUGCUGAAAUUGAAAAAGCUCAGAAAACUAGUACUGAAUGACCCAAGGUAUUUUGAAAAGUUCACGGAAAGUUUCAAUCCCCCUAAUGAAAGGUUGGACUGCCUUCAAUCAUUGUCCUUAAGGACUGACAUGCUUUCAUUCCCUGAUCAGACAAUAGAUAUUGAAAAAUUGGUGCUUGGUUGUCCUUCCCUCCAUAAACUGCAUGUAGAAGGGCGGGUAGAAAGAUUGCCAGAAGCCCGAUUAUUUCCUCCGCAACUUUCAAAGUUAACUUUGUGGGGUUGUAGACUGGUGGAAGAUCCUAUGGUAACAUUAGAGAAACUUCCCAACUUGAAAUUCUUGAGUGGGUGGGAAAUGUUUGAUGGAAAGAGAAUGGUGUGCUCACAGAAUGGUUUUCCUCAACUUAAAGUUCUGGCUCUUCGUGGCUUGUCUAAUCUAGAGGAGUGGAAGGUGGAGAAUCAAGCCAUGCCUAAUCUUUACCGAUUAAGCAUAUCUGAUUGUAACAAGUUAAAGACUGUUCCUGAUGGACUAAAAUUUGUCACUGGUCUCCGGGAGCUAGAGAUCAGAUGGAUGCCUACAUCAUUCAAGACCAGGCUUGGAACUGCUGGAGAGGAUUACCACAAAGUCCAACAUGUGCCAUCCAUUGUGUUUUUUAACUAGGUGUGCAACUUGAAAAGAUUAAAAUACCAGCCAAGCAGAAGAUGAAGUUGAAAAACUAAAAUUUGUAGCAGUAUACCUCUCAGCCAAGCUUCGAUGUAUUCAGUUGGAUUUAUUUAAUAUGCUUUUUCAUAUGUUGGAUUGUUCGUGAAAGGGAUUUCCUUUGGCUUUGAUUGUUGUUGUUGUAAUUCAAAACUUGUAAAAGAGUAGCAACACUAAUAUGUGUGUUCCUCUCACAAUCUUUUCAUUGUUCAUCGCUUGGGCAUACUCGAAAUAAUACUUGUCUUGUUAGAGGUAUGGCCCUGAGUCUAGCAGAUAUUCUCAUGUCACAUGACGUUAUCAUGUAAAACUUUGUGUUUAUGUUUCUUUUCAUUAA